UAUUUUUUUUUUCGGGGACAGGCAUUGUGGGGGGUGGUUGGGGAAUGACGUGCUAGGGAGGAGACUUCCGAUUGGCCAGGGCAGGUGUCAAUCGCCACGCUGCUGCAGACGGACAGGCCACUCGAUGAAUAUGGAUGAGAGCAGUGAAAAGGGUGAUGCGGCAGGGAAGACCCCCCCCUUCAAACCGGUGCAGGCUUGAACAAUGCGUGGCGUCUUUCACUGAAAAUACUGAGAGCCUGCAUUAGCAUUUUCUCAUACAAUUGAGGCUCUGGCCAGCUGCAGGCAUGGCUUGGAUGUUGCGGUGAAAUCUUUUUUUUGCACCCACUGAUGUAUUAGACCUCUGUGAAAAAGGUUGACUGGCCGCAUUCCUCAACGCCACCAUUGCACCUAUGACUAGCCUAACGUUAAGGUACCCUUACAAGAUUGUACCCCGGUAUUGAUGGCGAUCUGACAGAGGAUUUUACCAGCAGAUCUCAGAAUGGAGGAGGGUGAGUACUUCCUGAAGGUGCUGAUCCCCAGCUAUGCGGCCGGCUCCAUAAUUGGCAAGGGCGGCCAGACCAUCGUACAGCUGCAGAAAGAGACGGGCGCCACCAUCAAGCUGUCCAAAUCCAAAGACUUCUACCCAGGAACUACAGAGCGUGUAUGUCUGAUACAGGGUACAGUCGAGGCGCUGAAUAGCGUCCACAGCUUCAUCGCGGAGAAAGUUCGUGAGAUGCCUCAGAGCGCCCAGAAAACAGAGCCAGUCAGCAUACUGCAACCACAGACCACUGUCAAUCCCGACCGCGUCAAACAGGCUAAAUUGAUUGUGCCCAACAGCACGGCUGGGCUGAUCAUCGGUAAGGGCGGGGCCACAGUCAAGGCGGUGAUGGAGCAGUCGGGUGCCUGGGUGCAGCUGUCCCAGAAGCCUGAAGGCAUCAACCUGCAGGAGCGUGUGGUCACCAUCAGCGGGGAACCCGAGCAGAACUGCAAAGCCGUGGAGAUCAUCGUGCAGAAGAUCCAGGAGGACCCUCAGAGCAGCAGCUGCCUCAACAUCAGCUACUCCAACAUCUCAGGCCCCGUGGCCAACUCCAACCCCACCGGUUCCCCCUACGCCAACUCAGCCGAGGUCCUCCCCAACGCAGCCGCGGCUGCCGCCACUGCCUCCAGCCUUCUGGGCCAGGCCGGCCUGGCAGGAAUGGGCGGCUUCCCGGGCACCAUGUCCAGCUUCUCUGGCAAUGACCUGCUGGCCAUCACCUCGGCCCUCAACACUCUGGCCAGCUAUGGCUACAACACCAACACCCUGGGUCUGGGCCUCAACCCCGCUGCCGCCUCUGGGGUCCUGGCCGCCGUGGCUGCUAGCGCUAACCCAGCCGCUGCUGCCGCCGCUAACCUUCUGGCCUCCUAUGCCAGCGAUGCCUCCGGCGGCUCCGGCCACCCCGCUGUCGGCCUGGGCGGCUUCUCCCUGGGCUCGCUGGCUGCCGCCACAGGGGCCUCCAACGGCUACCUGAACGCCUCAUCCCCACUGAUGGCCUCUUCCCUGCUGGCCACAGAGAAGCUGGGAGACGGGGCCAAGGACGUGGUGGAGAUUGCCGUGCCCGAGAAUCUGGUGGGCGCCAUCCUGGGGAAAGGUGGUAAAACGCUGGUGGAGUACCAGGAGCUGACAGGCGCCCGCAUCCAGAUCUCCAAAAAGGGAGAGUUCAUCCCCGGCACGCGAAACCGUAAAGUUACCAUAACAGGGUCGCCCGCGGCAACACAAGCUGCCCAGUAUCUGAUCAGCCAGCGGAUCACGUAUGAGCAGGGUGUGCGUGCCACCAACCCACAGAAGGUGGGCUAAAUGGGAAAAAAUUGUAAAAUAAAGGAAGGAUGGAGACAGAGAAAAUAAAAGGGAAUCGAGGGUCACGGCGAGGGGAAAAAAAUGUCCAAAUAUCCGUUCAAUAUUUCAGAAUUAAAAAGAGAAGAUCACAAAGGAGGAAGAGGUGGGGAGAAAAGCAAGAUAAGUUUGUGUGAUAUGUAAUUGUGUUUUUAGGACCGAGCUCCUGAUGUUUUUAAAAAGUUGUUAGGAGUCCUUUUGAUGAUGGCGAUUAGAGUAAAGCUGAACUGGUCCACUGCCAAGCUGCAGAUCCAGGGGUGAGCACAUGAGUUCACCCCCAUUCAGAAACCUCAUAGCUGGGUUUGUUUUGGGUUUCGUUCUCUUCCGUUUCACUCUUCUAUCAUUGUGUGGGUUUUUCAGCUUCAGUUGCAGACCUCCGCUCCAGGUGAAUUGAGAGUCAGUUGAGGUUCCAGACAAGCUAAAAGAGCAGAGAUGGAUGUUUGCUCAUUCCUUUUUCCUUUGAUGUUAACCAUGUGAACAAAGCAAAAAAGUCCUUGUCUACAUGAGAGCGGUUAAAUGAUGCUCACCAGAGGUCGUCCAAGACCAUUAAGCAUCCAUUUUAUUCUAAAUUCUUAACAGAUAUCACAUUGUUAAUGACAUGCCACUGUAUGACUCAUAUCAAAAUUAAGAUUUUAACACUUUGGUUGUUAUAAUUUUUAUUUUCAUCAAUUAUUUAUUGAAAUAUGGUCUCAUUCAAACACGUAUAGAUUAUUUUAACCUGUGAAUUCGGGUUGAUAUGAAUGUAAAGACAGUAUUAUUGUUAUUUUGUUAUUAACGAGGAUCACAUUUUGAGUUGCAGUGACAGAUAUGUAUAGUUUUAACCCAGAACUGCACAGUAACUAUACAUGAGUGUAGAUCAGGGGUCAAAUGUUCAAUGUGAGAGGAUAGAUGAGACACACAGGAAUGUACACACACAUACACAGGAACACACAUAGACAAUCAUUCAUACAUGUAGAUCGCCACCCACAUAUACACCACUUUUGGUGCUACGAAAACAUAACUACAGAUAGGCUUAUACCUCCUGUAUUACCUAAAUUGAAAAUCCCUUUUGAGAUGCCAAGUGUUGUCCACUCAUCUAUAGUUUACGGGAUUUAGUUCUGCCUUUAUGUGAGUAAAGUAAGACUGGAUUUCAUGUCUUAAUAUUUUACCCCAGUAAAUCAGUUGUCCUUUAGUUGCCAUGGCAAACUGUUUCUUGUACCAUCAUGGGCAGUUUAGAUCCAAAUAACGUAGUUACUGGUUUAAAACCAAUCAUUUUAUACUAUUGUCAUAAAUUGGCCCUGUACUUUGAGUUUGCCAGCCGAUAUUGCUCCUUGCGACAUGCUCCGACAGUAUGUAGAAAUAUGAUUAAACCCCCAUGGGAAGGAGCAUUGUAUCCGAAAGGGAAGACGGCACUAUACACAGCUUGAGGUAUGUUACAUUAUCUUUUCAAUUGAAGAAACAUCUAACCAGAAGAGUCCCCCAAGGGAACGAAGCACUACAAAGCAGUUUUGUUAAGAAAAGCAGUUUGAACCUUAUCUGUGAACAAGAAGACGAUUGCUUUAGAUUUAGGGUGGCUGGUAGUCAAGAGAGACACUAAUGAGAAAGAAAUGGAGUCACCAUGAAACACAUUUGGACUGAAACCAUUUGGAGUUUGUUGUGAACCAUUCUUCCCAAUCAGAGUAAAUACCAAUAUGGAGUCAAACAGUUUAUGCAGUUGGUCAGUCGAACUUGUUAUCUUGCCUAAAGCAGACAUUGACACUAGCUUAUAUUGGCAGUAGUGCAUAAUGCAUUGCUGAAACAUUUAGCUGACAUUAUGUAAGGAUAAUUGCAGGGGGGGUGGGGGGGUAAUUGUCUCCUAGAACAUUCUCAAACAAACAAAGAUUACCCUUGCUUGCUUCUGCGCUGCUAUACAUUGGUUUUCAUCCGAGUACACUGGGUCUAUUAUGACUGCACUGUGAGACACAACGAAGACACAACGCAGUGUGCCUGUCCCUUCUUGAGCCAAGUGUUCAUAUUUUGAUGUACAUAUCCAAGAAAUAGGCCUACAGCUGACACACACGCAUUGCAUGUUCUAGAGCAAAACCAGCAGAGCAGUGAGAUAAGGAACAUCUCCACAAGAACAUCCAUAAUGUGAUGUCUUGGAGUUGUUUUGGUUUACCAAUAAUAUUGCACAGCAGAGAGCUGCUACACAUUCAUAUUAAUGGAAGUCUCUUUUACUGAUGAGUCCAGAGUCAUCAGUCAACCAUAUUGUCUUUUAUUAACCCAAAUGACUCCUAAUACAUUUAUUUUCCUACACAGCAGUCCCUGACUCUUAUUCUGACCCUCUUUUCCAUUUCACGCGUUUAUCCUUAUGUAACCAGAGCUCUGUGAUUGGCUUUCAGUAAUACAGGACCGGAAGGGAUAGCGGCAGAGAAUCAAAGAAAAAGCAACACUCCCUUUUUAUGAGUGAAAUGACAACGCCCCUCCUCCAUACCUACCUACUCAAUAGUUAUUCUAAAGAAUGUUUGCUCAAGAAAGAAGUUACCUUUACCUCAUCUUACUAUCAACUAUGUGUUUGAGCACUCCGCAUGGCAUGGCACUAGCCACGAGCCCCAUUACCUUGACUCACUGAAUACACGUUUCCCCUUCAUUGUAUAUCUGAAGGGAUGUGCUGUGACUUAUAACAGUACUCAAUGGUGCACUGGUUAUUUGAAAUGGCACUCCAGUUAAAAUAUCUGUAACUUCCACCCGUGGGGUUCAGAAACCUUCAUAUUUUAGCCCCUAACCUCACAAAAUGUUUACGUGAUUUAAAAUACAAGCACAAAUCAAGGUGAAUUUAGUAAUAUAAGCAAUGCAAUUAGACUUGGUUUAGAGGACUACUCUAGAGCUGUCUGAUCUAUACAUUGUCCUCUUUUUACGUUCAUUACAUUACUUACUUCGGCAUUUCUCCCACCCUUCAUAUGGUAUUUUUAGAAUAUUUUAGAACGCUCCUAUAUCCAGAUUCCCUUCUCUCUCUCCUCCACUCUGCUCGCCCUCUCUCUCCUUCUUUCUGUCUACUCAUAGACGCUGAUGUCUGGGGUUGCAGGGAGUGCCGAAGUGAUCGAUAGCAGUUAUGCACUAUAGGUCAUAAGGGUAUGCAAAUAUUUUCACAGCCCUUAGAGUUCACCAGGCAAAAAUGCACAGAUAACAACUGCCUCCAAACUGUGACACCCCACAAGACCAACAAGCAACAUUGGUUCAAACUACGGUAUCAAAUUCCCUACUAAAAGAUGAACAAGUAGGAUUUAGACAGGCUUAUAUUGUAAUAUAUGACCUUUUAGGGGAACAGGAGAGGUUAUGUAUUUUUUUCUACUGGAAAGCAAAAUAAGUAAGCAAAUCUUUGUUCAAUGAGCAAAUGUCUGUUGGUUGACCAAACAUAACUUAUUUUUCAGCCUUUUAACAGGAGUUUAUUUCAAAAAAAGUUAAUGAUAGAGCGCAAGAGAAAGAUGGGAACUCGUUCGUGACCUCAUGCUGAAACAGUGACAUCCUUUAUGCAUAUCCUCUUAUCUGAAAAAUGACUAGAAAUUAAUUUCUGUGGAAUAUGUCAUGUCAACAUGAUGUAUAUGUAUGUUAUUGUAGCUAUUCUAGUUUGUAGUCCAAAUGCAGUCCAGCGUCUCGUCAAUACAAUGUGAAACUCUAUGUUAUCUUUGUGUGGAUGAUGAAGAGUGCCAACUAAGCCUGAGUAAGAUUAGCUUCGCUAUUUGUUUGUGCAUUACGAUGACUCAUCAUAUGGCGUCCAUAUUUCUGUCAUUUAGUUUGACCGUAAGAAAAAUGUAAAGAAUAUUGGAAGCAAUAUAGUAGCAUGUUGUCCUGUUUUGUGUUUUGGUUAUGUUUGUCGUAUGAACCUUUGAAAUUACUAAGAUUUUGAAUUAAUAGGUUUACAUGUACUUUUUGUAAAUUAUGAAAAUGCUGCUAUUUGAUAAGUAAAAUAUACAAAACAUUUUAGUUGAAAAGAUGUCUGGUCUGUUGAUUAGAAACAUGCUCUAAAAGACAGGGCAUACAAUUAGGUGUAUAGAAUACUAUACAGUAUUGGUAAGAUAGUAACAGUAAUAAUAGACUCUAUAGUACAACCUGUGCCAAACUAGACUUCUGCAGCUUUUGAAAUUGUAGAUGUGCAAUCAAAUGUUAGAUAUUAAUAACUUGUUUAGAAGUGCUGAUCAGGUGCCAAUCAAACAAUGUUUUUAAGUUAAGAAAAGAUAAUCAAAUACAUUACUUAAGAAAACAAAGGAUGGAUAACUGUUUUGUGCAUUGUUUUACCCCAUAGCUACAUAGAGUAAGAGCUAAAGAUUGUGAUUUUUUAUGGAUCCAUGUUGUUUUACACUCCAUGCAUCCCCUGUGUGUUCAUUUGACCUGUGGCUUAAGCACUGCUGUUUUUCACAAAUGUCUCUAUAGGCCAGCAUGGACUUAGCAUAACAUGUUAUAAGCAUUCAUAACAUAGCCAGCCAUUAUCAGACAAAAUGUGUUUCGUGGAGUUAGGUGUUAUCUUUUUGCACGUCUUCUAUUGCAUGGUAUCAAAGUGAAAUAUGGAGGGGGAAAAAAUGAAUGCAAAAAAAAAUGGAGGUGUUCUCGCAACAUUCAAAGACAUAACAUUGCAUGCAAUCAGUUGUAGAGCACUUACGUUAAAACCGCCUCAUAUUUAAAAAAUGGUUUAUUGUCGUAAGUUGGGAGGGGUUCUAUUAUUGUCAUGUUGGUCCAAAUACAACAUAUUUCAGAUCAAAUUCUCAUACAGUCCAUCUCUUUAUAUUAUUACAGAUAUGAUUUUGUUUUCUUAAGGUACCAUGAGGAGUAUUACAAAUGCGAAAAAUGUUAGUCAGUGUUAUUCUUGUGUUUUGCUUUCUAGAAUACCAGGCAUGCAUUUUUUAGGAUCAGGUUAAACCUCACAAAACCUGCGUAAUAUUUUUUACGAUUUUUUAUACUACAGCUUGAAUUCCCAGAUCUAAUCUAUGAAUGUACUACCAUUUGCUCAUUAUUUCUGUUGAAUGUUUAUCAGUCUUUAAAUGUGAAUUCAAGGCUGGAAUGUCAACUACAUGUAGCGUUAACAUAUUAUGUCAAGAACCAAUUUCAGCUAUAGUCAGGUAGGCCUGACAUGGCCAUAGUCAUAAUCCAGAUAUGUUUCAACAACACUUCAGAUUCGCUGUAAACAUUAUCCUGUAUGUUUGGUGUUGCAUAAAUGCACUUUACUUUUUACAAAUUACAUCUCCUAUUAUUGGAUGUGAAACAAAGCAAACAAUGUUCAUUUUCUGCCGUUUUUGUCAUUCUUUGCUGUUGCUCUGAUGUUAUUGUUUUAGUAAAAAAACAAACAAACAAACAAAAAAAAUGAAACUUUUUGUGAAUGAUGAGAGGGUUUUGUGUAUCAGACUUCUCUGAAAAGGUGUCACCCGAGUCCUCACAAUAUCGAUUCUCAUUUCCUUUUAGCAAAGAUUUGUGUUAAUCGCAAUGAGCAAAUCUCUCUUUGAAGAUAGAAUCCUUUGUUGCUACAUACUUUUUUAAAACUUAUAAAUUAAUGACAUAUACCCAUUGAUCCUUGAAGAAUAUAACUUAUACAUGCCUCAUAAGCUUAGUUCAACUGUCGUAUCACAGCAGAACCCCAAAUAUACGCUUGUUUUACUCCAUCUACAUUUGCUAACAAUGUAGAUGUAAACAAACGCUUUAUGGCCUCAAAACAUGGUUAAAACUAAAAUGUUAAUAUCAUGCAUGGUCAGUCCUUGCAUCCAUUGCUCUGUCUAUGAAUUUGAGUUGUUACAUUUCUCCAGGCCCAUCCCUCAGCUUUGUCAUUUUUUCAAUGAAGGAUUCUAGAUUUAAUAGAGGGAGAGGGAACUUAAGAGUGGAACUGUUCCACCUUGUCAUGUUGCAUUCUGCUGCCUUGAAAUCUAGCGGUGGGAGUAUUUUUAUGAACAAAUUGGCAUUGAAAGCAUGGUAAACCUCAUACAAUGUCUCUAUGUUCUGUUAUCAGAGUCCAUGUUUGUUACGUUACAGAAUGCUAUCCCAAGGUCUCGCUGAUAUAUUCGAUCAGAGACAAAUACAGCACCGGAAAAAUGUGAUCGCUUUGGUCAUACCGCUGUCAGUGUUGGUGUAUUUGACGACAACAACAUUUUAGAACCCUAUGUAACCUAAAAUGGCCUAACUAAUUUACCACAUGCAUGAUUUGAGUGUCUGUCUCAUUCUUCUGUCAUACACUGCUACUAACCCCCACCAAUGUUCUAACCUCUCCACUACUGAGUGCCAAACUAAGUCAACACCAUUCCAAACAUUUAAAAUAUAUAUAUAUAUUAUUUAAAAAAAACAAUCAUCUGGAUAUUCACCUAACCCUCCCAAUGCUCCUCCUCGGGGGGAUUCCUUUGAACUACCAGACACAGGACUAAGACGGUUCAGGCUGCUUGCCCCCGCUUCUCCUCAACUCUCUUCAUCAUCUUUUCAGCCUACAUGACAUUACGAUUAUGUGUGGUGUUGUCUGGCACCUUAUCUUUGACCCUUUUUUGACCCUCCCAUGAACUUAGUUGACCUUAUCCACCCUUUGUGUGUUUUUAUUAUUUUGACCCCAGGUUUAUUGCCAAACUUUGCUGAGACUACAACUGUAUGAAUUUUCAUUUUGUUUGUUUGUUUUCUUGUCAUCUGGAUAAUUCUGAAGGGUUGAAAGUUAACUAAAAUGUUGAUUGAAAAAAGCAUGACAAUGCCUUGCACACCUCUGGCUCCAUUGCAAAUAUUAUUUUGGGUUAGGUUUUUAAUUUUGUAAAACUCUUUGUUUUUCCAUUUCAAGAAAUGGACUGUCAGCAUAAGGUAAAUGUUAUUCAAAACUAAAAAGAGUUUUGUCAAUCUGAAUGACUAGUGUCUCUAUAUUAAGACAGAGAAGAUAGCAUUUGAAAGUUUAGGCCUCACUUGUCCUUUGACUUAAGCAUUUGCUUGGAUGCCUUUUCACAGACACAGUCUCAAUCUGAAAGAUACAAGGGCAAUACUGUCUUUCCUUGAGCCAUUUCAGUGAAGUACGGAUGGGAGCUUUUUAAUCGAGAUGUUUGCCAAUACGAGUGCCAAAUGAAAUCUCCAUUAAGCCAAAAGCCAGCCAGCCUACACACUGAAGCUGUGGUAGCACUGGGAUGGUUCACUUCCCAAUCCCAUUUCUCCCAGAAAACACUUCAUUGUUUGACAUUUGACAUGACAUGCCACUAUUUUUAUAUGCUGCCAGUCUAUUUACUGCUUUCCUCAGUGAAACAUCUCAGAAGCAGUUCCUUUUAUAACGAUACACUGUUGAUUAAUGACGACAGCAACUAUGAAAAGGGAAUGAAAGGAUUUUUAAAGUGUCAUUUUGUGAACUUUUUUUAAUUAUUAUUAUAAAUUAUCUGAACAUCAUUCAUUAAUAGAUUUAAGGGUAAUGACUAUAUAAUGUAACUGUAGUAUUGUGUUUGUAAAAAAAAAUCUGUGAGUUGUGUUUUAUGACUCGUGGACUACCAGUGAAGUCAGCAUUUCAGUGUUAAUAUAUUGAAUUGUUUUUUAAAGAUUAUUUUUGCGACAGCAACAGCAACAAAGAGUCAUUAUAAAUGUUCAUUUUAGCAUCA